AUGGCAACAGGUUAUCAGCAAAAUUCAAGAUGGCAAAGAAACGGCGGAAAGCGAUUUGUUCAAAACGAAGUCGCACCAUAUCUUGGCAACGAUAUAUUGGAUUUAGGCUGUGGUACUGGCGAGCUGUCUGCUUAUCUUGCCAAACUAGCAGGGCCAAAAGGUAGAGUUUUAGCAGUCGACCCUGACAAGGAGCGCAUUCGAGUGGCUAAAGAAUCGUACAAAGAAGUAGAAAACCUCACGUUUGCUGUAGGAAGCACCUCCAGCUUUCCAGGCCUGGGUUUGGAGACUUACAACGUUAUCUUCUCAAAUUUCGUUCUUCACUGGAUAAAGAACAUUGAGGAUAAGAAAAAAGCCUUCGAAAAUAUGUUUAGAAGCUUGAAGCCGACGGGAAAAAUUUUUGUGAGAUAUGGUGAUCGAAUGCCUACUCACUUUGACCGCGUCUUUCGCGAGCUCAACCCAGAAAAUUUGGACUGUCUGAUGAGCAUUAAUCAGUUUGAACCAAGGCCCGUAAUUGAACAGAUGUGUCUGGCGGCUGGAUUUCGCGUUCUGAAGAGUUUUGACGAGAAAUUUGAAGAUCGAGUGUUUGAAAACGGCGAGAGUCUUUGUUUGUUUUUCUGGGCGACUACAAACGGCGUAUUUGAUCCACAGUUUGUUACUGAAGACCGAAUGGAAAGAUUUUGCGCUCGGUAUUCAAGUGGAGGAAAUGGCGGGAUCAAAUUACGUUCUGAAGAGAACGAUUUAUGCAGUGUUUUAGUGGCUGAGAAACCAGCAGAUUUAAAAUGGUAAUAGGCUAUUUAAAAUUGUUAUAGGUUUUAAACAAAAUCAGACGACCACGCCGCUGGAGUCCGAUUUGUGUUUAUUCACGAGAAUGAUCACAGACCGACUGGACGAUAAGAAGUUCUGUUACCGGUUAAUCAUUACAAAAAAACAGAUUCAACUUAAUCUUUUUAAAAUUAAAAUACAAGAUCUUACUGCCUUCCUUUUUUGUGGCUUUUUUGCCAGUUGCAGAAAAAAGGAACCCAUUUGAGAGCAUGCACGCUAUGGCGGAUACUAUCCUAACGUUAAUCCUAACGGCAAACGUGAAUUUGUACCACGUGACUAAGUUUUUCCCUUAAUUUUCGUUAACUGUUUCUUACCUCAACUAAAAAAGAUAAGUAGUUUCAGGCCAGUUUUAUACAUAAGAAUUGUUCUGGACAGUUUUAUCUGCUUAUUUUCUAUUCUGGGAAAUUCUCAACUUGAAUCUGACGUUUCCCAUUUGGCGUAAACGUGAAUCUUAAACUCUCUACUGUCUAGCCAGUUCCAGGCGUUCGGAUAGUGGAGUGCGGCGUGAAGGAAGAGAGCAAGAAAAAAAUAAUGAGGAAAAGAGGGAGAGGGAAAGAGGAAAGAACGCCUGCGACAUUUGUUUUCAAAAGGUCAUUCCACCCACUUUGUCGGCUAGUAAUCCGAACGUAGUUUCCGCUGUUGAAAGUUUUAUUGUCAAUCAAGCAACGGGCGACAAACCGCACUGUUUACGUUCUCUGCGAACGAAUAUAUCCCUUACCUCCAAAAAUGAAAGAACUGGCAAGCGUUACUCGUUCCAGUUUCUCUACCGUUGAUCGUAACUCAACAAAUCAUAUACUAACUGCUGUCAGUUUUUGCUUUUAUUAUUGAAAUGCUGUUUGAAUUUGUUUGUCAGUAAAAGCUUCAACGCGUAGCUUUCGAAGACGUGAUGAGCGAAUAGAGAUCUCAAAUGUACGUCUCGAGAUUAGGACAUUUGUUCCUUUGCACAAAAUCGGCUUUCACAAUAUUCAGGUAAAUGUUUUGAUAGCCAGCUGACAGGAAUCUCUAAAUUUAGGGCUAAAGGAGCGGCAUUUUCUUCUCUUCUACAUACAUUCACAGCCAAUUCGUCCACGCUUCCCUACUGUCGUAGCGACUCCAACUCUUUUGAACUGUUGUACCUGAGUAGCCGCUAAGGCGAAACGUCUCUAGCGGCGAGGAACAAGGCCAAAGUGAAACGGCUGUAUUCCAAAUUUCCAAUCAACGUAUUGAACAUCUUAGUGCUGACAAGAGCUGUCAAAAUAGGCCAAUCAUGAGGUAUACCAGAAUCUGGUAUAGCGGAAUGAGCUUUUGUUAAAGAGUCUUACAGGCGUUCCCUCGCUCUCACCCCUACCCCACCCCUCGUUUUUUUUUUGUUUGUUUGUUUCUCUGCUCUGCGCCGUCCCGACGAUCUGAACGCUUGGAACAGACCAGAUACUAUCGCGUUUUAUACUUUGGCAUGACGCGUACAGUCCUUUAAUGCUGAAAUAACCAAUAAGAUUUGAAUUUUGACUUCGAGACCGCCCAAAUAAUACUCCAACAUAAAGUCAUACUCCGACAUAUGAAUAAUAUCGAAACUAAAAUUAAUAUUCAAACAAAAGCUACUGAGCGGUACGUUCCUGUUGUAUGGCCGUGGUUCAAAACGGUUGAGCCUGUACGGCCUGUACAUGCGAUAGGCAGCCCUAGAGUGAGGAAGUUCCGUUAUUUGACUGUAAGUGUGCCCUGGCCUGCGAUGCAUCAGCCUUCCACAAUGCGAUUAGUCCUAUUCCAUUCUCACGGUUUAUUUAUAUCGAGUGUGGAAGAGAGGAACCUAGGAACGAAUGACCAUAGUUGUGUCGUUUCAUGGAGAUAAAUUUACUUACCGUGACAGUUAGCUCACACCAGGUGCAAUAUGUCCCGUGUUCUCGUAACAGGAGCCUCGGGCUUCUUGGCUAUGCAUGUUGUCAAACAACUACUCGAUUCAGGUGAAUACAUCGUACGAGGAACGGUGCGAAGUCUUGCAAACGAGAAAAAGGUCAAACCCUUGAACGAGCUGUCUCCGGAAAACGCAAAAUAUCCACUCGAACUGGUCGAAGCAGAUCUUACAAAGAAAGAAACUUGGGUCGAGUGAGUAAUGUAGUCGCUAACCGACAACUAAGCAGGUCUUUAUAUUUUCCUGUUGUUUGUUUUUUGCCCUUUCCGUGCAGUUAAUACCCGUUUUUUUAUGCAGAUUAUUGUAAUAUUCAAUAUCCCACAUGAAAUCAAUCUUGAUUUAAUUUGCUGAGUCACACCACGCUAUAUUUUGUCGAUGAAAAUAACGGGUAAAAUUAGCAAAUUUUACUGGUCAAUGUCUCCACAGGAAGUAUUUUAUAAAGUGUGAAAAAUUUGAAAUAACAACGAAAUGCAAGAGUUUUGUAAAAAUUCUACAUACAUAACCCUUGCUUUGUUGUUUACAAAUUUUUAUUUGCCGUUCUUUCAUUCGUGCAGAAAAUUUAUGCUAAAUUAUGUAAUUACAAGGAAAUAUGAUAUAUUAGUGUACACAAAACAACAUUUUCUUUGUUUUCGCUCUGUAAUCAAAACUACAUAAAGCAAUAUGUGGUCAUAUAUGUAUAAAGCAAUAGGAAAAUUUUUUCUUGGUUCGAGGCCGUUAUUCAAACCCAAGAGAAAGUCGGGGGCAGUCAUGCAAACCCUAGAGAAAGUCGGAAAUUUGCAUAACUCUCAAAAAUUAUUCCAGUGAAUUAGUUCUGUCAGGAGAGAAUGAGGGAUUCUCGGUUCCAUACUUCAAAGGUAUCUCGCGACACCCGGCGGUGGCCAGAAGGGAGACCGGGAGUUCUUACACGAGGUUUUUGUACAAGAACAGGAAAGCCCAUGAGCCCAUACUCUUACUAAACUAGCCUGCGUGGUAGGCAUUCAACAGGGAAGGGGAAAGGAAUUUGGGCUCACGAGCGCGGGUGGUGACAAGACAGGGGAAGACGGGUUUCCCUCCCUCCCUCCACUCGCGCACCCUUUACGUUUUUCGCGCGCCCGAAGUCCCUUUCGUCUUCCUUUCUCAAACGCCUGCCUCCCAGGCUAUUUCUAAACCAGUUCCAGAGACAAAUGGUUUCCCUGCUUCUCAUUGGCUUGUCUCUUUGACCCGCGAAGCCGUUGUCGCGAAGUUUGGGGUGGAGCGGGCGAGGGAACGGCUCGUUCUUUUCGGUGACGUCAUCGUGCGAAAGUGUAUUCCAGUUCCAACUGGAACUCCAAGGGACUAGGUUACUGAUUACGGUAAUAACAUUAAUUACAUUACUUCCGGAGUAAUCGUAUUUUAGUCGGGUCAUCUUCGGAAAUCUCAAAAUUUUGUCUAGUCGACCAAUUUUGUGCGAAGAAUUCAUGUAGGCAUAAAAAAUCAUGAGCUGGCACUACCAUGGAGUGGUAAACUAGGCCGAAGUCAUGUCAUGUCAAUCUCGUUCCCAGGAUACUCUCCAACCGGUCCCUAUGGGGCGAGAGAGAGAGAGAGAGAGAGCGACGGGUAGGAGAGAGCCCUGGGAACGAGGUUGAUGUCAUGUCAGAAGGCAAUAAAUUCAAGGGUGACAAAUUUUUCUCAUCUAAACGAUUCUUCCUUGAUGGCAAACUUCAAGUGGAAAGAUGGUUGAUCUUACAGUAGCCUCUGUCACGCAUCCCCACCCCCUAUGUUUGUUGGAGAGGAUUGCAUGACGAGCCUAUAGAGCGUUUGUGUGUUAAAAAAAAUGUCUUAAGGCUUGUUUAUAGUGUAAAGUGCACUUAGCUUAUGCAGCUAGUUUAUAGGCACCUCACUCAAAUACUUACAAACAAAUGAUUCAAAUACAACAUAACAGGAUUAAAAACCCCAACUGGUAGGAGGCAGCCAGUUGGUUAUUUCCAAGCGCGACCGAGGAUAUGAAUUCGGGACGAACGACUACAAAUCCAGCAAGUGGCCAGAGCGGGACUCGAACCCGGGACCACCGGAUUGCGAGUCCGACCUUCUUACCACUCGGUCACGCUGCCUCCUGUGUGAGGCUACAAAAUUUGAGGACCCUAUGGAAAAAAACUUUCCAAGUAAUUGUUACAUAGCACUCUGCUCCAAAUGAUGGCCUUUUUGAUUGGCUUUAGGGUAUCCUUUCAUCUCCUUACUUCCCAGAUUGAUGAGCCGCCCAAAAUGACUCACUUGAAAGGUCCCGACACUUUUGAUCUUCACUGUAGUCUUAUAGCGCCUUCCAGCUAUUUUAUACCGUGUAACUGAUCGUCUGUUCGUCUCUGACAGGGCUGUUAAAGACUGUACCUAUGUCAUUCACGUGGCAUCGCCCUUCCCAGCGCAGAAUCCAAAAGAUGAGAUCCUUCACUAUCCUGGGCGCCACCUGCCUUGUUUUUCGCACGAACUUCGAACACGGUUUUGGUUCCCACCUCACUUUUCUCAACACGAAUGUUCGAGGACUGCUGCGAUUUAUUGUAAGAGUUGAUCUUCAUAUAGUCAACUAUAAAUAGGCCGUUCCCUUUUUCCAGUGAACAGUGACACCAACUCAAGGCGUGGAUACUGUGAUUUGUACACAGAAGGCCCAAUGCCCGGCCUCAAGCUCCCUAUGAGAGCCGUGAGCAACUAUACCCCACUUUAGACCUAGCUAACUAAUUUUUCAUACGGCAACAGUUAUAAGACGUUAUAUGAGAGUUAUUCUUUGCCCUUAGUAAAUGAGCAAAUUAGAUUUCCCUUUAAAGUUUGCCUUAAACGUUUUCGUGUGUUCAUACGCUGAUCCGCCUGGGUACGUGGGUGAAAAACCGUCGCUGAAGAAAAAGGUAUUUAAAAGUGCCGAAGAGGCCUGAAACGCAGUGAGCACACAAAGUAAAUUACUUUUUUCCGCCGAAGCCUUAAAUUGUGUGUACCGCCGGAGUGCCCUGCGGGCAGUGGUUUCUACUACAGGCAGGACUGUUGCUACGAAGCCCCUUCCAGCGCCACGGGACGAAUAAAUUAAACUUGAACAGGUAAAACCUGUUUAAACACAAGUUAAGGCUGUAAAUGAAUGUUGUUUGUUUCUAGCUGGUCGAGUCAGCGAAGACGGCCAUGUUUUUACCGAGGAGGACUGGUCCUCACUGGAGAACAGUCUCCCGUAUGAGAAGAGCAAGCACCUUGCCGAGAAAGCAGCCUGGGAACUGGUCAAGGAUUUACCAGGUUAAUCCGAACAUGUCUCUUAUAAACUCUCUUUGUAAGGCAAAAGCUUAGCCUGCAAAAACAUCCGUUUCUCCUCGCUCUUCGCCGCUGGGGACGUUUCGCGUGGAGGAACGUCUGCUACUCAGCGGCAGAAAUUCCAUACUGAUGACGCAAAUCAAUGUUUACGUAAUAAAUCCGGUAGUUGUCAAAAAAGUUGUCCAAUUUAACGUGUCUUCUGGUCGAUUUUAGUAAAGUGUUGUGUUCAUCUGCCAACGAGCUCCAGCAAAACUCAAAUGCUUCUUCUAGAGAAGAGUAUAUUCCACAAAUAUUGACUGUUUUGUUAGAGAUUCUUCGCGUUUACUUUUGACCUUUGUAGCCUUUUGUCUGUCAUUCGUAAUGUAACUACUCCAAUCAGCGCUUCUGACCGGAUUCAGGACAGAUUUUACGUCAUCAGUAUGGAAUUUCUGUCGCUGAGUCGCAGACGAUCCUCCUCGCGAAACGUCCCCAGCGGCGAAGGGCGAGGAGAAACGGAUGUUUUCGCAGGCUAGCAAAAGCUAACCUGCGUGCGAAUUCUCUUGUUGGGCAGCAAGCGACGGGUAAAUCCCGAAUCUUUACUUCAAGAGUUCUGCUAGCGCGUUGGUCCUUGCGCGAAAACCAACACGAAACCUGACAAGAAAAACUAGUAAGAUUGCUCUAUUUUUGACAAGUAUAAAUCCUCAUUCUUUCUACACUGGAGAUCUGUACAGUACGGGAAAUGACCCCCGACCGCAGAAAUGAUCCUUUUUGUCUUUAUAUAAGCAAAAAAGACGCUACGAAAACUUACAGAUACCUCCCAGCUUUUACCUUGCUCUCAACUGACCCGCUCAUUGUUGUUUUUAGAUGAUGAAAAGUUCGAGUUGUGUACAAUUAAUCCCGGACUGAUUCUUGGACCAAUAUUGCAUGGCUCGAACUGCACUAGUAUGGAGGUACGUAUCAUUUUUUUUACCCCCCCCCCCCCGCAACCCAUUUACACGGAUUAACCGUUCAAAUUCUGUUACAGUACUGUUAACACGAGUCCCUACAAAUGUUUGCCAGUGUCAGCAACCACGUCAGCAUUGGAGUGGCUUUUUUUUUUACCAAAGACGCGUAACAAGGCUCCAGGCCUUUACCGCGGAAAUUGUGCAAAAACUUACAUGGUUCAGGUGUUAACACAAAUCUACUUAACAGAGAAACCAUACCUGUCCAAAUUUUGACCUACUUCUGAUCAGGAAAAAAACCUGCACAGUUUGCCGUUCAAGAAAAUUUGCACGGCUCAGCCGAUCCCGUGUAACGAAAGGCGGAUCCUUGCAAGCCAGUUUGAUCGUUCAAAAUUUGUCCGAACCCGUGUAAACGAAGUUUCAGUCCUAUUACCAUAUUCUACUGAACCCGCCUGUAAUGGCUUCCUGUUGCUACUUGCAGUUUCACCGGCAGUUGCUUGAACAUAAGAUGCCAAUGGUUCCAAAGAUGUCGAUGCCAAUAAGUGACGUCAGAGAUGUGGCCGCGGCACAUAUCACUGCUAUGACGUCACCCAAGGCGCCCGGUAAGUGACAACCUCGUUCCCAGGGUUCUCUCUCUUUCUUCCUAGCCCUGGGAACGAGGUUUAGUAAGUGUGAAGGUAAGAGGUGAUGUCAGCAGUGUUAGGAAUCACUAAUUUGUCACCACUCAAAUAGGCGCGGUUUCCAAGAGCGGUUACAGGGUUCGUGCCAAGACAGCAUGACGGUCUUUUUCCUCUCUUGGUUCGUGCGGGCCAUUGAAAACCUGUAAAAUCAAGAAAUUUAAGAAAUUCAUUAUCCACGACGAAAUUUACUUGUCGGUCCUUGAAAGGUAUGGAAAAUUAAAGCUGUAUCGGGUAGAUUAGCAAGGGAAAUGUAAGAUAGAGGCGAGUAAUCAAACAGCGCUACUGGGACGCAUUUUGGUGACUGACCAGAGUUUGUCUGUUGAAAUUUGUUAGGAAAAAAAUACCCUAAAACAAGAAAAGUUUCAGAACAUUUAAGGUAAACCUAACGUCAUGGAAAACUUGAAAAAGUCAUGGAAUUUCGAGAGAGCUCAAAAGAGUUGGAACCGUGGUUUCAUCUGACCACAGUGAGAGGAAAUUAAGUUUAAGCAAUUACGACGGCGACGGGGCUGGCAAAGGCAACGCACUGUGAAAACACAAAAGGCUCAAUAAUGUUAUUCGUUUUCUGAAUAAGUCCUCUAAAACUCUACUCCACGUGCUUACACUUUUUGGUGUCUUUUUUUGUCGUCACUGCACGACUGCUACGUGAAAGUUCUUUAUGUAAAGUCUUGGGGACGAGGCUUCACUGAAGGUGGUUUGGAUGUUAGCAGCGAGUCCUAGGCCUCUCUUUAUCUGCGACCACCUCUCCUUCAAUUCAGUUUUCUGGGGUGUAACGGAGACGUAAACUGAAAAACUUACAUAAAAGGCCUCAAUGAGAUAACAGUUGAUAAAAUACGAUGCCCCUCUUUGGAUGAAUAUAGGCCAUUUCGUAGUUGCCUAAGCCUCCGUUUUAAAUUGAGACUUGUGCGAAGCCAUUGGUAUGCAUCAGUUACAACAGUUAGAAGGAUUCCAGUUCUCAGACUAGGUAUACGAAAAAUGAAAUAUAGGAAAGGGGUACUUUUUCUCUCAAAAAUGGUAUAUUAAAGGGUAAGGGAUUGGACCUCGGAGCGGAGCCUCCACCAGUCCCCUUAUAAAACUUUGUGGACUACCCCCCAGGGGGAGGUCUCAGUAUCCUUACUGAGAUAAAGAUGUAUUCCUCUUUUAUUAGGCAACAGAUUCAUCGCAAUCACUGCUUGCAUUUGGGUAGUUGACUUAGCAAAGACUCUGAAUGAGGAAUUCCGACCUCUCGGUAAGUGAAAAUUAACGAUGACCAUAACACCGCCAUUUCCACGUUAUGUUAUCUAAGCCACGUAAAGUCUAUAAAUAGAUAAAUAAAUGUAGAUAUAAUUUAAAUAUAUUAAUACAUAAAUAAAUAACGAUUUAGAAGUACCGUAUCCACAAAGUGGUUCUUUUUGUUCUGGGCCUGGUCGAAUUGGAAUUUGGAAAUGUUGGUUUGUGACAGGUUUGAUUCGUGGCUGGUUAAAACGCGCAACAUCGAUCGUUCUUUAUCUCGUUUUGCAACAAUAAACAAGUUGCACCGUUAUUUUUUGCACGUUCUACCGUAUCAUUAGGAAGAGAUCUGAUGGUCUAAUGAUUUCUUAAACCGCGGCCUAAGACUGUUAGACUUCGUUUGGACAACCGACCCAAAAUGUCUUGUUAAGAACAAAUUGAAAACCACACGGAAUAUGCCAAUUUUUAGGUUUAACCUGAGCAUCGCGAAUCGUCUUAGUGUACUACUAAUCAAAACUUGUGAAGGUAAAACAACAACGACACCACUGAGGGUUAGCCGGAUCUUUAGUAGACCUGGAUCAGUAAAAUCUUCAAUACCAAAUUUGAAAAUUAAAGCAGUAAACUGAUCGAAAUAUCGGGCAAAUAUAAUUCACCAUUUUAUUUUUGUUUUCUUUCUUUAUUUUUCCUAUCACUCUUCCUGCCGUAAGGAUCAGUUUACUGCUCUAAUUUUAAAAUUUGGCACUACUAAUGAGACUGUUUUGGGGAUGCUAUGACUUAUUUUGGUUUUCACUAAGUUGCGCUGUAAACUGGGUCAAAAUUGGUCUUCCCAAAACAGUCCCAACAGUGUCAUUCGGUAUAACACUGACUCAUUUUCGCGCCAAAAUCACAAAAUGGAUAAAAAAUGACAUAUUCGCCAGUUAAGAAACGCCUAGGAAACUGGACCGAGUUAACUUUUGCAAAGACUUCUGGGACUGUUACUAAGGACGGAAAAAAUUGGCCAAUAGCUGUCGAGAACGUCCCCAGUAACGAUCCCAGAAUCAAUUGUGGAACGCAUUUCGGCUCCAGUAGCCUUCUCGUUUCUGAAGUGGCGAACGAUCAUCUCUUACCCCAUGUGGCGAACGAUCAUCUCUCGCCCCAUGUGGCGAACGAUCAUCUCUCGCCCCAUGUCAGGUCAUCCAAGACGUUCUUGGAAUUCUGGAUUUGAUUUUCAAGCUGUGGAUUCCGCAUUCCAUUUACUGAAUUCCGGAUUCCUUUCAGUGGCACUAGUUGAAUUCCGGAUUCCAAUUGUCAGCGAUGCGGGAUUCCGGAUUUCCUUGAGUUGAAUAACGAAUUCCACAGCCCAGGAUUCCGGAUUCCAGAAUCCCGUCAUACCUUAUAUGGGGUGACAUCUCAAAGAGCUCAGUGUGGUCUUAUUUGAUUCAUAGGAAACUGACCAGAACCGUUUUUCAUAUUUCUCUUUUAACGCUCGUCAUGUUUGCAAACAUGUUAAUAUUUGUAAUUUCAGUUUCCACUUUAAAUUAACUUGCCUAUUAUUUAUUUCUCAGGUUAUAAUGUUCCUACCACCCAGAGUCCCUCCGUCCUGCUAAAAAUUGUUGCGUUGUUUGAUGCUACUGUAAAGUUGAUGGUGCCCUCUCUUGAUCAUGAACUUAACAUAUCCAACUCUAAGGUAUCAUAGCCGGUGUGUUUUUUCUAUACUGCGCAUGCUGUAUCGUUCUUUGGGUUUUUUUUUUAGGUGUUGCCAAGGUGAAGGUUGUCCAAUACUGUAACGGUCCGUAUAAGCCAUGUUACGAUCCGUACGGAUCCCACGGAUCGCAAAACUCGCUUACAGUCCGUAAAGAGCUGUUUAGGAUCCGAAGAUUGUAUCCCAGUAGUGGGACGUAGAAUAUUUCAUGGCAAGAGAGGGUAUAUACGGUUUGUUGAUCGGUAAGGAUCGUACAGAUCGCAAAUCUCGCUUACACUGUGCCCUGAUGUAAAAAUGAGAUGCACGCUCCGUCUGUGUGCAGAAUACGGACUGUUGGCAAUGCUGACGGUUUGUACUGAGGAGCGCACGAUCCGUCAACUGCUAUUAACAGUCCGUAACAGUGCGGCAGUAUUGGACAUGACUGGAAGGAGAGGAGGGAAUCUUGAAUCCAAGUUCUACUGUCAAGGAAGAGUCCGGAAUCCAAUACCUGGAGUCCAGAAUCUACAACGUGGAAUCCAGAAUCCUUGUCUGUCUUUGAUUACCUUAUAUGGCGCGAUGCGUGAUUUGGUGAUUGCACCCGUCCAAAACAUCAAGAAACCCUUUUUUCAACGACUGGAAAAGUGGAAAAUGUGAUAAAACUAUUUUUUUUUCACUAUAUUACAAACCCAAACGACUGAGCAUGUUAUUUGUUGUUUUUCUAUAGAUCAAAGAAGAGUUUGGAUUCCAACCAAGAGACCUGAAAACCACCAUAAUAGACAUGGCAUAUAAUCUGAUUGACUUGGGUUUCAUCAAAAAGACUGAAGAAUACAAAAAGGCCAAGGGAGAAGCUAGUGAAUCUGAAGAGAAGAAAUGCCGAUUUUCAAAGAAAUGA